UUUUCAAUUUCAGAAUAUCUACAUACGUAAAUAUAGAGCUGUCUUUCCGUUUUCACGACAUUAAUUUAUUCUGGAUUCAUUACAUAUAUUUGAUUGACAGAGAGAAGAAGCGGCAUCAGGAUUAACAUAAGAAAAUCACUGCAUUAAUUAUAAAGUGUGUUUUAUUUUAUAUAUUAUUUUAUAUAUCAUGGUUCGAGAAAAAUAUUUCAUUUUAAUAUUUUUCAGAAUGAUGCAAUUUAAUCCCUUGAAUGUUAUAAUGUUACUCUAUACAACUUUCAUUGCUCUUAACUUUCCACAAAGUCCGAUAACUCCAAAAGAAGUAGAAGUGAAGGAGAAGAUUGAAUAUUUGUUAAAAGAAAUAGAAAAUGAGGAAUUUGAAAUAUAAGAGGAAGAAACUUUAGAUUUUUACAAUACAUAUGAAGUUCCAGAAGCGGAAAAUAUUGAUUUAUUAGAGAAAAAUGAAAGAAAAGAAUAUCUCCCGGAAGAAGUUAUUUGUAGCUCCGUUGAAGCAGGAAUAUCAAAUGAUUAUAAAAGGCAAGCUGUGAAAUACUGGAAGAGCGGUAAAACAGGAGCAAGAUCGCUUGAAGGAGUUAAAAGAAGAUACAGAAAAGUAACAUCGAUGCGACAAUUACGACGAUGGAAGGACCAAAUCAGUGCAGGUAGCAGCAAAGAUGAAAAAUUAAAAAGAAUUUCUGAAUAUAUAACAAACCGUUUUAAUGAAGCGCUUGAAAAUAGGAUAAUUAUUCAUGACAUUGACAUUGCUCGAUGGGCUUCUCGAGCACAAGAAGAGAAAAAUGUGGUAGGAUUCAAAGCUUCCGAAACGUGGGUAAAAAGAUUCAAAACUUCAUAUGAUAUCGUCUCUCGAAAAAUAACAAAAUUUGUAACAAAAAAAUCAUUGUUAUCGAAAACAGAUUUAGAAGAUAAGUGUAAUACAUUUAUUGAAAAUGUAAAAUAUUAUAUUGAACGAUACGGCGUAGACAAUGUUUAUAAUUCGGAUCAGAGUGGAUUCCAACUUGAAUUUCACUCUGGUCGUACUUUAUCCCAAAAAGGUCUAAAAAAUAUAGAAGCUGUAAUACAAUCUACAUCAGCAACCAUACACAGUUAUACUAUACAGCCGACUAUUUCUGCAGAUGGUAAAAAAUCUAAGAAAAUAAAGUUGUCUGAUCCAACAAUCAGUACCAAAGAUGAUACAUCUAACAAUAAUGACUUUUUAUCUAGUAAAAAUAUAUGUCAAUUCAGGCAGUUGGAUAAUUCCAAUAUAGAAUCAGAUGCAGAUUCUGUUUCAGAAGUCUCGUCAUUAUCAAUUAAUUUAAAUAAAUGUCGACAACCACUAAUUAACGAAAGUUUUUUGAAAAUUAAAUCAAUUUCAGACAGCACGCAUUAA